AUGUUUGUGAGCCACAACCUGUUGACUGGGACGCUGCCACCGGAAUGGAACACUUCAAUUGUCGAGGUGUUGGACCUUGGCGACAACUUCCUUUCAGGGCCCGCCUUCCCCCCCGCCUGGCUGCACGCCGGUGCCGUUCCCAUGCUGACUUUUUUCGACCUGUCAGGCAACACCAAGAUUGGCGGCACGCUGCCCGCCAGCCUUCCCUGGCCUAUCAUUAGAUCCAUGUUCCUUGCCAAGACAAACGUGCAUGGAAGGGUGCCACAGGGCUGGUGCCAGGCAGUCGCCGCCGCUGACCGCCUGUUGAGCUUGAUCGAGGUUAUGGGAUCUGAGUUUAUGCCAGGAAGCAACAGCGGCCCUGCCGGGGCCGCAACGGCGCGGCAGCCUGCGCUGCUCGGUCCUGCAGCAGUAGCCAGCCUGGCCACCCUGCUCCCGAUGCUCAUCCUGGUAGCUGUCGGCGUCGGCGGGCGCGCGCUGUUCCGACAUCGCCAAGGUCGUUUCAGGUGGCAGCGGCUCGAGCAGGGGAAUGCCGAGGACCCGCUGCCGCCAACUUUCCAGCGCAGCAGCACACGCGGCGGCGGCGAGGGUGCAGCAGGCGACGCUUUGCCGCCAGGGGUCUCGUUUGUCGGGCUUAAUCGGCGGGCCCGGCGGGACGCGCUGCGGCGGUGCGGCCUCGCGCGCAGCAACUCUGACCAGCAGGUGGCGGGGCGGGGGUUGGGAGGAAUCGAGCUGCUGCCGCUGGAGGCGCUGCCAGAGGCGCUGGCUCACCGCCUGGGCUCACUGCGGGCCAGGGCUGCCCCCGGCAGCACCCUCAGCGGCAGCCCAGGCACCGGCGCGUCACCUCAGCCGGGCAGCGGUGCGGCAGACGCAGCUGCCCGGUCCCGCCAGUGGGGCCUGCCCACCGACUCUAUGCGCAUUUCUCCUGGGGAGCUGCAGCUGUGCGAGGGCGAGGACGGGCAGCUUGUGGAGCUGGGGGAGGGGGCGCAUGCGGUGGUCUACCUGGGAGAGCUGAACGGGGACCCGGUGGCAGUCAAGGUGCUGGAGCUGCCGGCGGGCGCGGACUCGGCGGUGAUGUGGCACGAGGUGCUGCUGGCGCGCCUGUGCACCCACCCACGCAUCGUGCCGGUGUAUGGCGUCUCCCUCCAGGUCCAGCUGUUCCUGAUGGCCAUGCAGCUCAUGCGCGGCGGCUCCCUGAGGUCUGCUCUGCUGGAACCCGAGAAGCAGCAACAACUUCGGUGGAGCGCCAGCGGACGCCAGGUGGCGCUGGACAUUGCAGAGGCGCUGCACUUCAUGCACACCCGCAUGCAGAUCGUGCACAGCGACCUCAAGGCAGCCAAUGUGCUGCUGUCUGGCGAGCUGCGGGCAUACGUGGCUGACCUAGGCCUGGCACAGUUGCUGGAAGGACGCGCCCACACGUUGCGCGGCGGCAGCCUCGUGUAUGCUGCUCCGGAGCAACUCAUGUAUGAGCGGUGCACCGUGGCGGUUGAUAUGUACAGCUUUGCUGUGCUGCUUUCGGAGCUCACGACGCGGCAGCUGGCAACGAAGCGCGGCGAGUGGCGCCUGCCACGUGUGCCCGACGAGUGCCCGCAGGCUGUGGUGCAGCUGAUCCAAGACUGCAUGGCGUUCGACCCGGUGCUGCGCCCCACCGCGGCCGAGGCGCUGCAGCGGCUGCAGGCGGCGGGGUGA